CCGCAACUCACUAGCCGUGAACUCGUACCAGAUCGACGUACUCCUAGAUCCAGCUCGUAACUUACGGGCUAAAAAAAGUGUCCCUGGAACGCAGCACUAGACUGGCAGAACAGCGUGACGUCACCGAUUCAGUGCAGUGUCAUGACGUCACCGCUCCCCUGCGGAAGGAGGAAGGGGAAUUCCUGAAGCUAACAACAACUCCGACUACUUUAUUCUGACAGCUCACCUCAUGAAGCCCAUAAACUCAUCGGUAUAUUAAAACAACGGGCAUGCUUAGCGAUACGUAUACGAGUCGUUGAUCUUCGCGAUGUGUCUCCGGUCGACGGGUCUCGUUACUUCAGACGCCAGAGGAGCCGAACGCGGAGUGGUCGAGUUAGCCUGCUAGCCCACUGCGAUAAACACCGAGCUAACACACGCUACCUGGCUAACGUCGGCGCCAUAUAUAUAUAUUAUAUAAAUACAGGUCCUAUAUUCAACGGCGGGUUCUUUUUUAGGUCAAUCUUGACUUUGGUUAGUCUGCUGAAUAAAAAGUGUGUGUAAGCGUAAGGAAUGGUGCAGCCCCAGCAAGACGGUUCCAUGCACUGGGACAUGGCGGGUGAGGAUAGCAGUGGUGGGCUCCGGGUUCCACCAGAGCUGGCUGCUAAUGAGGUGGUGACCAGGCUGCUUGGAGACAACCAGCAACUGAGAGAGGCCCUCCGCUGCAGCAACCUGGCCCUGCGGCAGCGCUGCGAGGAGAUGGAGGGCUGGCAGCGGAAGACGCGGGAGGAGAGGGAGUUCCUGAGCUGCCGCUUCCAGGAGGCGAGGGCCCUGGUGGAGAGACUGGCCCAGGAGAACCACUCCCUGCACGGGCUGGUGAACGGACACAGCUCCUCCAGCCAGAGCUCCAGCUGCUGUCAGACUGAGGAGCAGGCCGGCCACCCUGCGAGGAACGGACCCCUGGAGGGGCCGCAGACUUUAGAUCAGCGAGAAAGGAAACCAGCAGAGGAGGUGAACCAGAACACACAGACAAUGCCCCCAGGCAGCCUGGAUGGUGCAAGUUUGAAUAGCUCCAUGAGUAGUGGCCUCCGAACCUCCCCAGGCUCUCUUUCAGAGGCUGGGGAGGACAUGGGGUCUGUGGAGUAUGGCCAGAAAACCGAAGGAGGAAACGAGUUUCUUAACCUGCUCAAGGGCCACAAAGAGAAGUUGGAGACCGGAAUGAGGGAGCUGAGGAGGAGGAACGAGGAGCUGGAGAGAGAGAAAGAGGAGUCAGAGAAAGACAGGGAUCUGCUGAGAGCCAAACUGGCUCAGGCACAGACGGGCUGUGUCACGGAGGAGGCGUCGCACCACCGGUCUGAGGCGCAGCAUUCUUCGGACAGCUCUAGCCUGGCUAAACUCACAGAGCAGCUCCAGGCCACGCAGGGCAGGUAUCGGGAGCUGAAGGAGAAGCUGGACUCCCUCCAGAAGAGCUCGGCCCAGCGGGACCGGACUGAAGUCCUCCUGGAGCAGAAGGAGAAGGACUGUGGCCAGCUGGUGAAGGACUGCGAGGCUCUCAAGGCCCAGGCCACAUCCCUGUUGGGGGAGCUGAACGAGAGGCAGAGCGCCCUGGAGAAGAGCGACAACGACCGCAAGAUAUUGAAUGAAAAGCUGUGUAUGAAGAUCGAGGCUCUGCAGGGGUCGGAGCGGGAGCUGGAGCAACAGAAGAAGCAGCACAAUGUGGCGGUGGACAAGCUGCUGCUGCAGACCCAGAGCCUGGAGAACGCCCUCAAGGCAGAGCGCCACGUGGUCAUAGAAGAGAGGAAAAAACUGACUCAACUGAAACAUGCCUACACGUGUCUGUUCAAGGAAUACGACUCUAAGUUGAAGAAUGAGGGUGAGGACAUGUGCGGCAGGCUGGAGGAGGCGGAGCGCGCCCUGGCCCUCAAACAGGACCUGAUAGACAAACUGAAGGAGGAGGUGGAGCAGCAGAGAUACACCCUGGAGACGGUGCCCGUGCUUACUGCUCAGGCAGAGAUCUACAAGGCCGACUUCCUGGCGGAGCGCGAGGCCCGGGAGAAGCUGAACCAGAGGAAGGAGGAGCUACAGGAUCAGCUGACCCAGGCGAUGGCCGAGAUCGACCGACUCAAACAGGAGGGAGCCUCGCGCGCUCGCAUUGAAGAGAUGCAGCAGAGACACCUGGACGACUUCAGAGCCCAGCGGCCCACAAACCUAGCACCACAAGCCUUCAACACCGCUCCACCGCCCCAGUCGUUCCGCAGCCAGGGCCUCCCACAAGUGGGUGCGGGCCCCGGAGCCGGCCCCGGCGCCGAGGAGCUGCCAGACUAUCGCUGUCCUAAGUGCCAGUACCAGGCCCCGGACAUGGACACGCUGCAAAUACACGUCAUGGACUGCAUACAGUAACCCCUUCUGGCUUACACGCAAAGAAGAGGUCCACCCAACCCCCUCCCAAUGGACACAGUGCUUUGGUCUAAGGCGACUAACGGGAACAAAGCCCCGUCAGGAUCAAAGGAUGGCUGGUGUGAAGUGGUCGGAGAGCAGCAGAAGAACCGUAGCCAGUGAUGAGCGUAAUAUCAUCGCUGUUCAAGUCUGCUAUGCGUAUUCAAACCCUGAUGUAGAUUGACUUUCUAUCGUCCCCCCCCCCCCCCCCCCGGGUUCACACUGUCCUCCUGCUAUAGCAACGCAGGUGUAAUGAUGUGUUUUAAUACCAGAGGGCAGAGCACAGAGGUGGAACCCAAUCAUCCACCUCUGAUGAGGCUGAAGGCCACGUGCAAGGCUCUUUUUAAAGGUCUCCAGACAACACUGGAACCAUCUUGAACACAGUAAUAUAAUGUGAAUAAUAUAGUGUUUGUUUAUUAGGAGGACAGAUGAGGCUUCAUGUGUCGUUGUUCAUUUGGCCCCUCUCAAUGCGUCUGAUGUAUUAUGGAUUAGAGUUUGGUAUACUCUCUAAAUGCUAAUCAAAGUAUCCAUUCAGUGUUCUGUGCCUGUGUACCAGAUUUAUUUUAUUUUUAAUCCUUAAUUAUACCCUCGAUCCAACAAAGAUUUAACUGUGCCUGUCCUUGUUUUGUAUAGCUGUUACAUAGUUUUAUCUUUGAGAAUGUUCACCCAUAAAUGAUUAUAGCUAUUCGUUUUUUAUUUAUUUUACCCAAAUAGAUUCCUUGUUCUAUAAUGAGUCUGAGGCUUUUCCUAUUACUUAGAAAAUAGCUAAUUCUGACUUAAAAAAUAACAACAAUUGAUAGAAUUGAUAGGCUCAGAAUGAUUGAAUUUAUCUGGAUAUCAUGAUUAAAAAAAAGUGCCAAAGUUAAGAACAGAUUUGGUUUAAUAUAUUUCUAUGAGUUUGAAGUUUGAGUGCUGCACUGGGCCAUACAACAUGAUGGUUGGUAACAUUCUAUGGGCUGUUCACUCCAAUAAUUGUGAAAGAAAAGUUGAUAACUUACACCUUAUGGUUUCAUCCUUUAUUGUGUGAAUAGUGUCAGUAAUUAUAGAUUAUUAUCAUGAAAAGAACAUCAACAAUGUAUAAUUGGAGACUGUCAAAUAAAUAAUAUUCAAGAGGAUAA